UGUAUUUCCAAUGCACUUAUUAAUCUGCAGAAUUUAACUUGUAAUAUUUAAUUGCCAACAGUGGUUCAGGCUAAUCCAAAUUAUUUUUUAUUAUUUUUUUGUUUUGGUUUUGAUUUUGAUUUUUGAUUUUUUUCCGGCUCAAACCUGAACCUGACCAUUUCUUCGUGCUCUGACGUUAACUACUUUCCUUCAUCCACAACCAAACCACAGCAACAAAAACAAACAUCACCAACUACACUCAACUCAACUCAACUCAACUCAGCUACGUCCAGCUUCAUACAUCUGUCUCCAGCUGUCAUCUCUUCUGCUUCUUCCAUCGUUAUCCCCAUAGUCUCUGCUAUCCAUCUGCUAUCUCAUCCAUCCAGUUCAGCUGCCUCUCGCCCUACUUGCUUCUACAUCAUCACACCACACACAUGGCGAAGGAAUCUACACAGCCGGGCGGAAGCCCUCAUCUAGGUAAAUCUGAAUCCCCUGCGUAUCCCUUAUUUAAUCUUCCAAACUAGUAGAGUUGCAUCCUGUACAUCACUGGGCCCAGAUCGAUGCUCUACAAUGCGAAGAAAUGUAUUCUGACAAAGAUGUCUUUCACCACAUAGGAAGCACCAGGGUUAAAACCAAUGGGACGACUGAUGCCACUGCUACAGGGCAACCUUUAACUCAUUACCAUUCCCGCAUUUACAGCUUGUUGAGCUGGGAGCGCCCUCGAACCACCGCCGUCUCAUUUGCUACGAUUGUCAGUCUUAUUAUUGCAGCCCGAUACCUGCCUCUGCUACGAUGGCUCUUCAAGUUUUCGUAUCUGUCUCUUGGAUUCACCAUUUCCCUCGAAGUCGCCGGGAAAGUCAUGUUCUCCCGUGGCCUAGCUAGCUCCUCCCGCCCCCGCAAAUAUUACACCAUCCCCAAAGAUACCGUAGAGAGCAUCCUGGAGGAUCUAGAGCAAUUGAUGGACUUCUUCCUCAUUGAGUUCCAGCGCAUUCUCUUCGCGGAGAACCUCACCUACACUCUUGCCGCCUUCACUGCCGCCCUGACCUCCUACUGGCUCGUCCGCUUCCUCCCUCUCUGGGGCCUGGCCCUCAUCCUCGUUUCCGUUGCGUAUCUAGGACCCCUGGUAUAUAUUAACAACCGAGAAAUUAUCGACACCCAGAUCGAUCAGAUCCAACAAAUCGUCAACUCCCAAGCCACCCAGGUGAAGGAGAUGGCCGGUCAGCAGACCGCCCACGCCACCCAUAUCGUCAAGCAGUACGUGGGUGACUACACUGCCAAAGCAAACGAGUAUAUGGGCUCCGCUCGCUCUCUCCCACACGUCGAGCAGGUUGCUCCAACAACCGUACAGGCCCAGCCGGAACUCAGGUCCGCCGCCGAACCCGCCGUUGAACCGUUAACUGAACCUGCUGCUGUCGCUUCUGAUGCUGAACCUGUCGCUUCUGAACUUGCUGCUACUGAGCCAACAGAUGCAGUGCCCGCAAUCGUGCAUACGGACUUUCCCACAGCACCCAAAGAUGACAUCGUGCUCGGUGAAGUUCCGGCACGGGAAUCCAGAGAGGAGACGAAGUCAGACGAGCCACUUCUGGCAUAAAUUGCACAAUACAUACCGGAGGAUCGAGACCUUUCUUUUCGCUCCCGAUUGCCAUGUCAUUCCGUAGCCUGUGAAGUGGGCAUGGGAAAAUUAAUAAUAAUGACAUAAAAGGACAGGCAGCAAGGAGACUGAGAGGAAAAGAGGACAGGUUGCGGGUUUUCCCUCUUGCGGAACUUUGUAAUCUUAUUUCUAUUAUAUUGUUCCGUUGCGAGUGAGUGACCUAAGUGUUACGUUCAUGAUACUAAAAAAAGCUGCGUGUUUUUUAUCGUUCUUUUUUCUUUGUUAUUUGUUCUACUCCUCUCCUCCGGUUUUGAACCCAACCUUUUCUCCUGGCCUUUUCGGUUCAUAGCAAACAAAACCCUUGCUUUUUUUUUCUGAGCUUGGGUUAAUUAGUGGAUGAUUCAUUACUUUGUUCCACUUCGUUCUCCCUCUCUUCACCCCCCUUUCCUUCCUUUAUGGCCUGGUAUGGUGGCAAUUAAUGAAUGUCUUUGAUCUUCCAGGGUCGUUUUUUCUUUCUUCAUAAAAGGGUCGGGGUUGCCGGGGGGGGGGGGGGGGGGUGGACGACGGAGGGGUUCAUUCUAUUUUUUCUUUGGCUUUUCCCUUUCUGCUGGACGCAGUUUUGGUCCGACUGGGCAUAGGUUGAAAGUUCGAGCAAAGUAAAGCAAGACAAGGCAGCGCAGGGCAAGGAAAGGCAUAAGGGAAUUACUUGAUGAUUUUUCCUGUCGUCCUUCUUUUUUAUCAUGUCACAUUUGCAUUUGCUCUUUUUUUUUUUUUUUUGUAAUUGUCGUUUUAUCCUGUGUGUUUGGUCAUUCCGUUCCAUUUCUCUGCCCUCGAUUUUUGAGCUUUUCUCUUUUCUUUUUUGUUUUUGCUCCAUUACCCCUUUCAUAACAAGUGUUUGCUUGCUUUGGAUGACGUAACUUUCUUUUUCUCCUUUUUUCACCCUCAAAUUCUUUCGUGUGUUAUCAUUGUCAAACUGUGAGAGCUUUAUUUAAUUCAUCCAGGCAACUACUUCCCUCUUACCAUAUUGGGCCUAUUUGUUUGUUUCUGAUUGCUUGCUUGCUUGUUAUGCGUUAACUGCAAAUGGCUACCCUACCCGGCCAUCCCUCUCGCUUUGUAUUUAUUCAAAGGGGAUAUCUUGUCAUUUCGAUUUGUUGUCGUCCCAAAUUCUCAAAUUCCCAAACCCAAGCCCCUGGAAGAAAUAUUCCAUCAUUUUGUAUGAGUGGUUGAUAACGGUUUAUUUUGAAGGUCGUUUUGGUUUGUCUUUUUCUUUGCUGGAUCGCGACAACUGAGAUAGAGCGCAUGGUUUCUGUCAGGGCAGGAGAGAGCGAGCUACCGAGGGGAAAAAAAAUAAAAAAAAAGAAUAAAAAUAAAAAAUAAAAUAAAAAAAGAAAAGUUGAUAUAUUCAGUGGGGGACAGCUUACAUACAACCUUUGAACAAUGGCCACGCAGGUUGCGUACUUCAUCAAGAGAAGCUAUUCUUGGUUUGUUUGGACUUUGAAAUGGAAUUGAUAUGGGUGAUUAGUGAUUACAGUGCUGUUGGUUGCUACGCCAUUGCUGAUUUAGGUGAUAUUUUGGACUUCCAAGUUCAAAAAUACCUCACCCUCUCUCUAUGUGUUGAUUAUUAUUGCCGUCGAAUAAAAUGGAUGGUUGGUUGGGUGUAUGUAUGCUAUUGAACAUGAGUAUGAGUAUCACGUAAAGUAUCAGAAAUGAAAAUGUACAGUUAUCACCUAUCAAUGUAUUAUAUUAUAUUUUUUAUUGUCAAAUUCUCUCCUCUCUCUCUCAUUCUCUCUCUCUCUGGCCCUCGCUUGCGUGCUUCCCGUCCUAGCUUCUUCCUGUCCUGUCAUUCCGUGCGCGUUGCCAGCGACCAGCCAGCCAACAUCCCCGUUCGUUUCCAUUAUUGAAAGAACUGAUGAACAUGUAUCCUGUCAGGCUGCGAAUUGCAUACCUAGGAACCAGUAACUACUUACUGAACCUGCAGGGUCAAU